AUGGGUUGCAUCUGUUCGAACGCAGUCGUGGUACCACUAGGAACGAUUUCACAGCUACUUGAACCUCCUAAUAUUGAAGAUUUACCUGUGGAAAUUAUAUAUAAAAUAUUGGAUGAAUUAGAUAUAGAUACAAUUUUUGUAUCAUUGUAUCAUUCAUGUAAACGAUUUGAUGAAAUUCUAUCAACUUAUGAUAAUUAUCAUUUGAAUUUAAGUGCUAUUUCUUUAAAUAAUUUCGAUUUAAUUUGCUCUCGUAUUCGCCCAGAACAAGUUACGAAAUUAACAUUAUCCGAUGAUGAGAAUAGUCCAGGAUUAGUUGCCUUAUUUCUUUUACGAUUUUCUAUGAAUGCAUUCGUUCGUCUUCGAUAUUUAACACUUAUACAGAUUAAUAAUGAAGAACAUAUGAAUCAAAUAUUAAUUCCUAUUGCUGAUCAAACAUCAUUAUUGGAUUUUACUUCAAUCAAAAUAAUAAAUACUGAUGAGACGUAUGGUGAUGUUUUUGUUGAAUUGAUCAUGUCUGUUCUAACGAAGCCAUCACUUCAAGAAGUCUACUUCGAUCUUUCAUAUUGUCGAGCUACAUCUAAUCCAUUACCUUGGCACGAAGAAUGUUCGAUUAGACACAUAACAUUCAAAGGCACUUGUAGUGUGAAUUUCAUUCGAAACACAUUUGUUCAUGCGCCUCAUUUAGAAACACUUAAAGUAACCGAUUUGGAUUUUGACGAGGAGCCUAAUUUAAACGAUGUUCCAGAUAAUCAUGAAGACGAUGAUGGUAGUGAUGGUAGUGAUAUUAUGGAAGAAGCAGAUUUCGAGGAAAAUGCAAACAACGAGGAAAACCUUAAUAAUGAGGAAAAUCUGAAUCAUGUGGAAAAUCCUAAUCAUGAAGGAAACCAGAAUAAUGAAGAACAUCCUAAUCAUGAAGGAAACCCGAAUAAUGAAGAAAAUCCUAAUCAUGAAGAAAAUCCAAUACCGAGAGCGGAAAAUUUUGCAUCUAUAGAAUCGACAAAUCAUUUGAAAAUAUUAACAAUUAAUGAAUGUUCAAUGAAUAUGUCGAAAAUUGAAUGGAUCAUCCGAGAUAUAUCAACAUUGAAACAACUUCGUUUGAGUACUACAGCUGGAUAUGAAGAUGAAUCAAUUUUAGAUGGUUCUCGAUGGGCGACUCUUGUGUCGCAUCUGGAUAAAUUUGAAUUUGUUUUUUCAGUUUAUAUAUCAGAUUAUUCGUUAUGCGAUGCGGAUUCAUGUAUAAAUGCAUUUCGAAUACCAUUUUGGAUGGAAGAGAAACAUUGGUUUGUAUCAUUGGAAAAGUAUGACGAUGAAACCGUUCUUUAUACAUUGCCAUAUCUCAAUGAUUUUUAUGUGAUGAAAAGUAUGGCAGCAUCAUUUGAAUAUCGUUCUACUGCUAUUAAUAAUUUAAUGUUACACAGUCAAUCUAUGAAUACUGUUCGUGACUUGCAUAUAGAUACAUCAAAGAUAACAAAACAUCGAGUAGAGAAUACCAAUCUUCCUCAAUUUUCUCAUGUAAAAAAUUUAUUUCUCUAUGGAAAAUGGCCAAAAUUAAAAUUAUUUUUUACCGAUCUGAAGAAAUUUGUAGAUUUAGAUACUGUUGAAGAGUUAACUAGAGAAGAAAGUGUGCCUACUAACGAGUUUAUUGCAUUAAUGAACAUGAUGCCCAAUUUACAAUCAAUAAAAACUAGUACAAAUCUUCUCGAUGCUUUAAAUGCUGCUAAAUUUUCUCAUAAAAAAUGUCUUCGUUCAUUUAUGAUUGACCCAAGUCACUAUGGAGAUCAACGACCUGUUAAUAUUGAACCAUUCUGUGAUAUGUUUCCUCGAAUACAACAUUUGAUCAUUCCAGUUGAUAAUGUUGAUUGUUGUCAGUAUGUCCUUGAACAAUUAGGUGAAGAUCUGCUCAGUGUCAUUUUUCGUAUACCUAUCAAUGAUAAUGCUUUUGAUGAGACUGAGAACGAAAGUAUAAACGAAGAAGAAAAUUCAAUUGUCAACUUAUUUUCUGAAUGGAUACAAGAAUUACCAGCAAGAUAUCGUUGUUAUAAAAAGCAACGGCAAGUUCACAUAUGGCUUCAAUAA